CGCUGCGCACCGCCCCGUCGGGCAGAGGGGCCGCGGCUAUGGCGGUGUGUGCCCGGCUGUGCGGGGUGGGCCCGGCCCGCGGAUGCCGCCGGCGGGGGGCGGCGCGGGAGCAGCGGCGCGGCGGCGCCGGCGACAGCGAGCCCGACACCGAUACUGACCCCGAGGAGGCGGGAGGCGGCGGCGCCACGGAGGAUGAGGAGGCGGCGGAGCGCAUCGAGGGCGAGCGGCCCGCGCCUCACCCUGCAGGGGCCGGCCCGGCGGGCCGGGCCUCGCUGUCCCUCCUGGAGCUGCCCCCCGAGCUCCUGGUGCAGAUCUUCGGUUCUCUGCCCGGUACCGACCUGCCCAGCCUAGCCCGCGUUUGCACCACCUUCCGCCGCAUUCUCCGCACCGACACGAUCUGGCGGCGGCGCUGCCGCGAAGAAUAUGGCGUCUGUGAAAACUUGCGGAAAUUGGAGGUCACAGGAGUGUCCUGUCGAGAUGUUUAUGCCAAACGUAUAAACCCACGAGUGAAGUCGGGGCGUUUUAUGAAAAUCCUUCCCGACUACGAGCACAUGGAGUACAGAGAUGUUUACACCUGCCUGCUGCACCGAUACCGACACAUCCUGGGAUUAUGGCAGCCAGACAUUGGGCCCUAUGGGGGACUGCUGAACGUGGUGGUAGAUGGUUUGUUCAUCAUUGGGUGGAUGUACUUGCCACCUCAUGACCCUCAUGUUGAUGAUCCCAUGAGAUUCAAACCUCUCUUCAGGAUUCACCUCAUGGAGAGGAAAUGUGCAACAGUUGAGUGUAUGUAUGGUCAUAAGGGACCUCAUAACGGCCAUAUCCAGAUUUUAAAGAAGGAUGAGUUCUCCACGAAAUGCAACCAGACAGAUCACCAUCGGAUGUCAGGGGGAAGGCAAGAGGAAUUCCGGACUUGGCUAAGGGAAGAGUGGGGUCGGACUCUGGAAGACAUCUUCCAUGAACACAUGCAAGAGCUCAUCUUGAUGAAGUUCAUCUACACCAGCCAAUAUGACAACUGCUUGACAUACCGACGCAUCUACCUCCCUCCUAGCAGCCUUGACGACCUCAUAAAGCCAGGUCUCUUCAAGGGAACAUACGGGAGCCAUGGGCUGGAGAUUGUCAUGUUGAGCUUUCACGGAAAGAAAGCAAAGGGGACUAAAAUCACCGGAGAUCCCAACAUCCCAGCUGGGCAGCAGACUGUGGAGAUCGACCUGGCGCAUCCUCUGCAGCUACCUGACGUUGAGAACCUUCGCGAUUUCAGUGAGCUCUCUCGCAUUGUCCUGGAGGUCCAGGAGCAGGUGCGUCGGGAGGAGCAGGAGGAGGAGCACCGGCAGGAGGAAGAGGACCACUCCCAGCAGGCUGUCUCCCAGCCUGCUGCGAACCCCCUGGGAGGAGAAGGUGCCGAGGGGGAAGAGACUGCAGCUGGGGCAGAGGGGACGACCCAGGAUAAGGCACCAGCUUCCCGGCCCUUCGUGCUGCCCAUGGGAGUCAUAUCGAGGAAUGAAGACUAUCCCCGGACCUGCCGAAUUUGUUUUUAUGGAACGGGGCUUAUUGCUGGCCACGGCUUCACCAGCCCUGAGCGAACACCGGGUGUUUUUGUUCUCUUUGAUGAUGAUCGCUUUGGAUUCAUCUGGCUGGAGCUAAAGUCCUUCAGUCUCUACAGCCGGAUCAAGGUCUCCUUCCAGAACGCCGAAGCGCCUUCCCGUGAGGCUUUUGAUGAAAUGCUGAAGAACAUUCAGUCGCUGGCUACUUGAUGGGUGAUUUGUGAUGGACAGGGCUAGGGGUUGCAAAGGCUGCUGCACUCCCCAGCCAGGGCUGCGAUGGGGAUUCCUCGCUCUCAGUACCUCUGAAUAAAAGCAUGCACUUUUAAUAAAGCCUUUUUACCCCAAAUGUACACAUCCCAGUUAAAAUAUCCAUGACUGCCCUUUCCUCCCUGCCACUCCACACUGCUCCCUAGCAGUCCUUGUUACCCAGUCUGUAACAUAGCUUUGUAUAGCUGAAGGGAUCCUGCAGAGGAGGAAACAGACCUUUCUUCUUGCAAAAAGAAUGUACUGGAACAAAAAUAACUCCAGGUCAGAGCUGGAUCAGAAGAACAUCUAAUUGACCGGAUGGACAGAAGCCCUCUGCUCUGACCAUUAGCAAUCUCCCGUGGAAAGAGCUCUUCUUCAGGGAAGGGACUCGUUUAAGCCUUUGCUGUGCUCUAGGCCGAUCUGUCCUCCUGGAAGACUUGCUUAACCCUCCUGAAAACCUGUGCAGUCCCCCGCUGCAGACUGGCUGGCUGCUUAAUGAUAAAUUGCAUCAGCGGUGACAAAGCACGUCCUCCUCUCCAGAAACCUUUCUCUGGCUGCAGCGUUGUCAAGAGAGGCUGGUGUAAUACCUGCACCCUUGGCAUAGUAAUUGGAGUGGGUGGUUUCCUUUUGAGAAAUUCCCUCAGCUUGGCAGCAAGGGGAAGAUUCCCUCUGUAAAUGACUGUGUGUUUAGCGUUGCCCUAGCUUCUGGAGCUUGGUGGAUGUGCUGUCCCUGGGGCUCUGGGUCUGGCUGUUGCCCUGAGCGUCGAGGAGAUGAUUCUUAGAGGAGCUGGGUACGGAACUGGAAAUGAGUACAUUCAGAACUGGUUUCGUACCUGAAAGGUUCACCUCAGAUCUUUUAAACUGGGCCUGAAAAUGUAAAGGAAGGAGGAAAAAACUGUGAAAUAAGCCCAAAUGCAGCCUGCUGACUCCUGUGACCCCCGUUACGUGCCAUUCUUGGUUCAGAUUGCCCUACGCAGUCUGAAGGAGCGGUGAGGGAUUCUCCUAAUAUUGCUGUGGCUUGUUCUGGCACCUUUUAGGGUUGGUGCUGACAGGUGGGUGCUGCUGCUCCAUGCCCAGGACCCUCCUGUUCCCUUUCUAGUUGCUCUUGUUUCAUCCCAGAUGAUUACUGCUUCCACAGAAGGCUCCUGGGCUUCAUUUCUUUCCGCAUCCUGAAUUUCUCUGCUGGGAAAUGUGGGCUGCAGGCUAGGGAGCCAGGUUCCCCAUAGACUGUCCUAUGCAGGAAAAUCCGUGCCAGUGCUAAUCUACUGUGAGUUGUGCUUAAAAACCAUCUCGGCAUUUGCAUCAGUGUGAGUUAUUAAUCAUGUGUAGGAAGAGACGACAGGGAUCCUUAUGUAGAAAGAGGAAAGAGCCAUUUGUAAGGAAGCUCUUGGUUACAGGCAAAAUGCAUCCUUUGUUGUGGUUCCUCUCUGGCUGUGAUUAUAAACUCCAGGUUUUCUUCUCCUCCUGCUACCAGCCGGAUCAGUGUCUAACAAAACUCUGCCUUGACAUCUUCUGCAGGUUUUGGUUUGUAAAUGUGUCUGUACUGGGAGGAUGCAAGCCCCUUCUAUGGAGAAGUUUCAGUCACUGCCUAGUUUCACUGCGAGCGGCUUUUAUUCUCACUCUCACAAGGGCUUUUUGCCAUUUCUGGCUCUUGAGUGUUCCCUCAAGCUGCGUGAGAACUGAGUCUCCAGCAGAGACUUUGAGCAGAAGGUCACGUCACUCACAGGAUUAAUUCCUGUCUCUUUGGAUAUAGUUUUAUAAACCUCUGGGAAUUUGAAGGUGAUUUGAGGCACUUUUUCCUUUGUUUCCUGCUGCUUUGUCAGUAGUAGAAAACCUGCCUCAGUGUUAGAGGUGAGGCUCUGCAGUGCUAUUGCCCUUCUAGUGAAUAAGCUAUAAAAAGUCAUUUGUUUCUGAGCAGCCCGCUGGAGGUAUUCUGUCGGCAUCACCAGAGGGAAGAGUUGACAUGGAUCUUACCCCAUCAUGCGGGGCUGGGAGAGGGGAAGGGUGGCACUUCUCCGAGCCUUGGUGUGUGGGCAGAGAGGUGAGCCAGAGCUAAAAUUGGGCAUCUCAGCCUUUUGCUGCAGCCGCCAAGCUGUGUGCAGCAGGAGAGCAUCUGCUUAAUCUUGUAGCUGGGGGUUUCCAGCUUGAUGAUGCGGAUUUCUGGGAUACCUAAAGACAUUAGGUAUCUGGGUGGCCAAUUUAUCUGGGAGCGUGCUGUUAGGCUGGUGCAGCCAGUACGUUGGCUGCUUUGUGUUCUCCCUAACGGCCUAAAGGGAUGAGAGAGGUCCCCGUGGGCAGCUGUUUGAAUCGCUUGUCCUUGAAACCAGCUCUGCUUCAGCUGCCCAUGGAUCCAUAGUUCUGAUUGUGGAUUCUUCCUCCUUUCAAUGUCCCCACUCACCUGAAAAAAUAAAAAUCCUGAAGUUUUACUUAAUAGUUUUUGCUGCUGCUUUUUUUUUUUUGCUUUUUUUAAGUCAGGUUGAAAAUCGAGGCUGUACUGAAUGCACACAAGGACUUGGCCUGAGACCCGAGUCACCGUCUUGUAAGUACAGACGCUGACACUCUAGCCGGUCUCCUCCCUGCUGUGUUGGGUUGGCUGAGUGUGUAAAGGUGGUGUAGGUAUGUUCCACUGCUGUCAUAAAAUGCUUUUAGUAAUUGUUCCCUGCAGCUUAAAUUCCCCUGGAUAUCAGGAGUCUGCUGGGGAGUGCAACCCCAUGGAUAGCAGUUUUGCUCGAAUACAGGUCUGCUCUGUGCCUUGGGCCAGGACCUGUUGUUGGCUGUUGGCACAGGUUGUGCAUCUGCUGUUCUCCAGGCUCAGAUGGUUCUUCUGCUUGUAGCUUGUCCCUUCUGAUCCUUCGCGGUGGCAGUGUUAAGGGUGUCCCUUCUGAAGGCGAGACCUGCUUGGCUGGCUGGAGAGAAGGGCUUUGCAGAGGCUUGAUGCCCUCCAGGAACUUCUCACAGCUCAGCUUUGCCCCUGGAGAAGCAUCUUUUUAUUUAUAGUAUACCUGAUUGGCCUCAAAACGUCAGAAUGUGUUAGUCCCGACUAAAAGCAAAACUGCUGAUACACCAUGGCUUUAUUCUGUCUAGAGCAAAGGCAAUGAAAAUAGCAAAUUUUGUAUUAAUACUCCUCUGCCUUCUCUUCUCACCUUCUGCUCCUCAAAGCCUGGCAGGAUUUUGUAGCGUUUCAGAAGAAAAUUCCCUCUGAUUUGGCUUUGGGUGAGGAAAGCUGUCAAGGCGGUGAAUUUGGAGAGACUGGCAUAACCACCCUGGGUGCUCCUGUGCCUUGGCUGGUUCCUUUGUGCACGGCUACAUCAGUUCUUUCAGAGAAAAGCAGAGUAACACGACGAGGAGUUACACCUUGCAGCUCUGAAAGCUUUGGGAGAGGGGAACGAGCAAGAGGAGCGCAGUGAGAUUUAGCGUCAGGCAGUUUGGAUUGGAGCAUUGCCCAUGGCCGAGGGGGAUGCGACCGCAGCCCCGGUCCUGCCUUCCCUCGUGGUACCCGUGGGAAGCAGAGCGCUGGCGGUACAGAAUUUUCCUGUACUUGCUCGUGUUCGAUACGGGCUGUACCACCCCCCUGCGCAGUACGUCUCGGAGUAUUCCCUGCUUGCUUCCUAGUUGUCCAGCUUUUGGGGAUAUUUCUUGGAGCUGUUGACAGGGAUAAUGUGUGGCGGUGCCUUGCAGAUGGUGAUAAAUUUCUGGUGCUGACGUGUACUCACCCUCUUUGCUCUGCAGAAAAUCUUAGGGGCAAUUGGCUUUAUUUCUUGAUCCCAGAUGGGUGGAAAGUGCUGGGGAAGAUGGAAAACAACUCGUCAGGGCUAGGAAUCCUCUCUUGGCAGAAGCCUUAUUGCCCCAAUAGCCACAGCAAGACCUAGGGCUGAAUUCUAGCUCAGGAGCAGCAAGGGAAUGACUGGCUUAUGUUGCUCGGGCUGCAUUUUGCUCCUAGAUCAUCCUUUCUGUCUUGUCAAAACACAUGGGUUUGGCCAGCUGGAAAACAGAAGCAUCGAAGAUCCUCAUCCAGCCGGUUUGUUUGUUUGUGUUGGGCCUGAUUUCGUAGCUGUAGAUGUGCUGUGAUCAGGCGCUGUGGCUGCAGGAGACUCGCUGCAGUCCACAUGGACUUGUCAGGCUUUUUUUUUUUUUUUUUUUCCUCUUUAAUUGAGGAGGAGGAAAAAGGACGGAAUUACUUUGGCUGUCAGCUUCCCUGCGGAGUAAACGGCGCAGUACUGCCGUGGCCGCUCUGGAGCGGGACAGCAGAGGUCGGAUGGCGAUUAGUUAGGAAAUUUGUACUGGGGAAAAAGCAAAUUUGUGUGCAAGCGUGUUUGGAGGAGGAAAAACUUUUAAACAAGGAUGACUUUUUAUUGCUUUUUAUUAAUUUAAAACUAGUGGAACUUAAUGGGAGUGUUGGGUGUUGUGUGGAAAUGGGUUGUAUAAUCUCGACUUGCUAGUUUAGGAAAUGAUAAUGUAUUAACUCUGUCUUGUAGCUGGUUGCUCACAUGGCCAAUAAUCUGUUGCGUUCAGCUGCCAAAGGAUUGCGUGCUGGCCUUGGCACUGUGGGCCAGACGGACAGCAUAACUUACCGGUUGGGUAGUGAAAUAUUUGCGAUGUGUGAUCAGGCGGCGGAGUGGCAGAUAAGGUACCAAACUGUGAGUGCCACUGACUUGUUUGUUUGUUUGUGUGUGUGCUAAGUUAAAAUGUAUGAUUCCGGUUUUUGUUUGGAUUGCAGUUCUUUUUAAUUUUUUGAGGAAAAGAGCACUCAGAUCGACCGUGUUCAUUAGCUUAAUUAAAGCAAUCUGCACUUUUUUCAUUGAUUAAUACUCCUGCUUCCCCUAAGCAGGUGUACCCUGUUUCCGUGUGUAUUUUGCACUCACCACUUUAACGUGACACCGAUGGAUUAAUCUGGGCAUCUCCUGUAGGCUUUGAGUGUAAAUAAGUCUCUAUAACGUGCCCCGUGGUACUUAUUUAAAAAUGAAAGGGGAAACACCAGCUCCCUGCUUCAUACGGAGGGUAGCGCAGAGGGAAAAGGUGAGCUUUUCUUUCUGAAAUGCCGUUUGACAUCAAACACCUCGGUUUCAUGCCACAAAUAUCCAUGUGGAACCUGAUAACUGUAGUUUAAACAACUCGCCUGCCCGGUCUGCUCCCCUGUCCGAGGGAUGGAUGGGGUUUUGCUUGUCCUUUUGUUUGUGAGUUUGAGAGGAACGGGCUGUAUAAAAGCCAGGCGUGACUUUGCAACACUUGGCCUGCUUCAUCCCGAGUAUCAGAAAGCUCAGCAAAACAUGUGUGACUUUUACACCUGAUCAUUGUUACCCAAGGAGCCUUUUCCAGUUUCAAAUAAUAAAAAGGAAAGUUUUGUGAACUUA